UAAGAUCGUUAUUUGGACCAUAUAACAGACGGAGCUAUGGACGUCGAGGGGGGCGAGUUGGACAGCCAGAAAAAAAACAACCGGUGUCAUAUUGGACACAUAAGUUUGCUGUCAUUCCCAGAUGCAAACAGGGAAGAAAAAUAUGGGCUGUACUCCAUGGGAUUUGGCGAGAAGCGUCUAACCAUGGUCAAGUCAACAAAUUCGUCGGACUUUACCACUGCGUUGGAAAAUGCCUUCCCGAAAUUAAAGGCAUGUGGGGGUUAUGAACUUCUAAGGACACCUCCUGGAAGUCGGAUAUCCCUUGAAGUAAUACCAAUGCCCCCUGGAGGUUUCACUUCAACAUAUCUAGCAGAUGAAAGCUGCCUGCAGGCAGCAGUUUGCUAUCUUAGGCCUAUACAAAAAGACCUUGAUAUCACAACUUGUACUAAAAUGGACGGGGAUAAACCAAGUGAGGCAUGUCUGGAGUGCGGGGAAAACAUUCCAUUACCCCUGUUACGGGAUCAUGUGGAUGGCUGCAAUAAAUUGGAAAUGUCUCCUCCAAGAAAAAGUUCAGACACAGACUCCAGUUUGCCAGUUUGCCUGUUUUUCCAUUUACAAAAAGAGAUGGGUGUAUGUCCAGUUUGCAAUGGCAGUUUUGAAGUGAAUGUUCUGGAAGCACAUGCAGCAGGGUGCGGAAUUGAUACAAUAACAGCUGGGGGUAGUGAAAGCCUGAUGGACCCACAAACCGACUUCGAGUCAGCACUGAAUGACAGAUUUGACAAGAUGGUGUUGGAAGGGUCAUGGCCUAUAAAUGUUGUCCGACGCCAUUUUAAUAACACUGCAAUGGAGGAACUAUCAAAUGGCAACAUAAAAGACUGGGGGAAAAAACUUAAUGUAAAAUUUAUUGGAGAAGAUGGGGUUGACAGUGGGGGGCUCACACGAGAGUUCUUCUCCUUAUUAUUUGAAACAUCUCCUGUGUUUGAAGAUAAUGGUUUCAGCUACAAUGCUGAUCUUCUUGAGAAGAAACAUUACCAACUAAUGGGAAAAGCCACUUCAAUGGCCAUACUACAUGGUCACCCUGGACCUCGAAACUUGAACAGGACAAUUGUUGACAUCAUCCUUGAAAACAAAGAGCCGGAAGAAAUCCCAGAGUGUUGCAUUCAAAAUGCAGAGGUCAAAGCUGCUAUUGAAGAAAUUUCCACUGCCACUAAAGAAACCAUAGGGGACGUAUUUGAAAGACACAGCCAUCUAUUGGAAGCAUCUGGCUACAAGCAACUGCUGUCGGUCAGCAAUAGGGACCGCGCAAUCCAUACCAUGAAAUUUUAUUAUUGCUUCUACAAGUACAUCCCCCCUAUGCUGCAGUUCAUUGAAGGUCUAAAGUUACAUGACAUGCUGUUGCUGCUGACAAAACAUGGAGAGAAUGGUCGGGCACUUCUCUGUUGCGACACCAAGAGUACCUCAAUGUCUGAUGUGCUAGCCUUCUUUGUGCCAAAAUUCUCCAAGUCAGAGCAUGAAAAGGCAGAUGAAGAGAUGAUCGUAUACAACUUCGGCAAAUUCCUGAAGAAAGUUGAAAAUGGAGCCAUCUCCACAGAUUGGGUGAAGAUGAAUAGCUCCGAAGAAUCAUUGAAGGAGGUUACGAUCAACCUUGGUGAUGUUCUGCAAGCCCUUAUAGGAUGCAGGUCUCUGCCCAGAAACAUUAAGUCUGGAGAAAUGGAGUUCGACCAUUUGUCUAAUCAAUUAUCAUAUGUAAAUACAUGUGCACCAUCAAUAAUAUUCACAAGAACGAAAGAACUUGUCAACUAUGAAAAACUUGAACACCAUCUGAUUUGUAUCAUUGUUGAAGCUGAAGGCUUUGGAUUAGCUUGAAUGACUGUUGUAUAGCACAAUUUAACUCUGACCUGACUCCUUUGCAUUAACAUCUAUUAACGAUUCAUCACACAAUUUUUGGUGAUCAACACCUCACCUACCUUUCAUUUCAGCAGUUUACAUAUGAACAAUUGUAAAAUCCCAAAGGUUGCCUUUCGAAAUUGUAGCUUUAUAUUAUCGAUUUUUUUCAAUGUCAAUAAGCAUAAACAUCUACAUGUAGUGAUUGUGAUAGUGUGAAUUUAAGCACUGUUGUAUAAAUGGGCCUUGUAAAUUUUGGUUAAGAAUUAAGAAUAUGUUUCUGGAAAACAGUUGCAAUGUGGUAGAU